AGACUGCUGCAGGCGUUGCAUGUCAAUGAGCGGUUCAUCCACACACACACUGUCGAGUCAGUCGGCAGACAGCAGGCAGGACAUGCAAAAGUCGUGUCACUACCAGCCAUCCAUCCAUCCAUCCCUCCGUUGCACCCUGCCUGUCAUGUGGUGAAUUCCUCAGUCAGUCCCCAUCAAAAACGAUGCACUUUGCCUGUAUUUCACCCACAUAUCGGAAAAAGGCAGUUGGUGGCCAAGCAGACAGACAGACAGACGGGAUUAUGUGGCCUCACUGCCGUCCAUCCAUCCCUUCCUGCUUUGCAUGCAGCUCACACCGACGUGUCACUACUGAGGUCCCCUCCCUCCCGGCACACAGCAUCUUCUCAUGCAUUGACGGAGAGGAGGAACAGGAGGAGGAGUAGCCAGUGAUACAGUCAGCCACAUCAUUGUCAGCAAUGAUGUGGCUAUCUGUAUCACUGGCUACUCCUCCUCCUGUCCCUCCUCUCCGUCGUCUUCCUGCACGGGCGGGAGGGGCGGCAUGCGGUCCUCGGGCGGCUCGUACUCGGGCUUCUCGCCAGCCAACCGCUUGCUGCACACAGACACAAUAUGUACAGAGCAGCCACAGAGGUCAUUUACACACACAUGGCCGGUAGGUACCUCGUGUCUGCCUCUUUGUGUGUAUGUGUAUACGUCACCUGCGUCGCACAGCGCUGCCCUCGGGUGUGUGGGCUCGCUCGGGUCGGCCCCGCUUGCGCCCCCGCUUGCCGCCCGCCGCACUGCUCGCCACCGAGCCUGACCCAAACACAGCGGACUCACUCAUCCAUGCCAUUCGUCUCUUCUCCUGUACCCGCUCACUCACCGACGUCACCCAUGUUAUCCGACUCGUUAGACCCAGAUCCGCCCCCAGCAGGAGCGGCGGCAGCAGCAGCAGCAGCUGCUGCUGCAGGAGCGGCCCUCUCCCCAGUGCCCCCCUCCUUGUCGGCCACGAGGCCAAGAGGUGGCAUGUGUGCUGCCGCUGGAGGAGGAGGCGAUGGCCUGUGGAACGCGAAGAAGCCCCAGCGGUAGCCUGAUGACCAACGGCCCUCCUGGGGCGGGGGGCUGGGGGGAGGGGCGGCCGCCGCUGCUGCCGCGGCUGCUGCAGCAGGAGCUGGUGAGUCGUCGUCCAUGUCAUCCAUGUCAUGGUCGUCAUGCAGGCCGCUGUCGAAUGGGAGGGGCGGGGGCGGGGGCGGGGGCGGGGGGAAGGGGAAGGCCGCCUGCUGCGGCUGCUGCUGCUGUGUCUGGGCAUCGAGAGCCGCCUGUUUCUCUGAUGGAGGAAAGAGGACAACAAAACAGCAAGUAGGUAUGUGGCUUGUGGGUGGCGUCGUGACAAUCAGCGCGGCCUUGUGCUCACCUUUCAACUGUUGCUGGAGAGACUCGACUUGGCUCUGAAGGUUGCUAAUGGUACCGUCCCUCGCCUGAAGCAUCCAUCCAUCAGACAGGGAAGCAGACGAGUUGAUGGUGUUGCCUUCCUGCCUGCCUGCUUUGCUGUGUUCCUCACCUCCUUGUCUGCGCGCAGUGUUUCUAUGGUGCGGUCCUGGUCCGCUAUGCGCUCCCGCAAGUCGUCCGCGGACUUGACCAGUCCAUCCCGCUCAGACACCCAACUCUGGUUGAACACCACACCACAGAAGGGGUAGACAUUCGUGCCCGUUUCGGUGCAAAGGUGGGUUGUGCCGGUGCGUACCUGCUUUUCUGCCUGGAGGGCCUGCACUUGGCCAGUGACGUUGGCUACGGUAGUUGUGGCCUGCGUCAGCUCCUGCUGGGUUUGGUUGUGGCCCUCUGAAAGGCAACACGCGCAUGGCGCAGGUCUGUCUGCAGAUCGGCUGUUUUCUGCUGACCUAGCAGCUGCUGGUUCUGCUGCUGCAGAACACCCAGGUGGGCUUCGGCAGCCUGACGGACAGACAGACAGACAGACAGAUUGGAAUGAGCACGGAUAAGACAUAGAUGUGCAGUGAAGAACUUUCCUUCCUGACCUUCCUGUCGGCUUCGAUGUUGUGCAUGUGUGUCUGUAUGUCCUCGUAGGCCUUCUGCGCACCAGCCAGCUCAGCCUCCAGCUUGGACGCACCAUCUGCCGACAAAAGACGCGUCGCACACAUGAUACACAUCACACAGAGGGAGGGAGGCGGAUUCCCCGUCAUUCAGAUGCCCUCACCCUGCAGCGACUUGCACUUCUGCUCCAGCUCCUCGCGGGCCGACAUGGCAGCCUGACGCAAACGCAUGGAAAACAACAAAAUCACGCCUGACUGACCUGUCGACGGAUGUACGUGUGUAUGCCUCGGUGCUUCCAUCGAUGUCUCACCUGUUUGUCGCUCUGCAGUGAGGUGAUGUGUGCCUGCAGCUGCGCGAGAGCGUCCCGGGCCUGCUGCGCCUCCUCCUCCAAACGCUUGUGGCCCUCUGAUGCAUACGUACCGACAUAACACGAUCAACACCACCCACACACAACCAGGAAAGGGACGGUGAUGAAGCCAUCCAUUCAUUCGGCUGUGCGUCCCACCCAGUCCCCCCACUCGCUCACCCUCCGAAGCUGUUCUGGCUCCGAGCAGCUCGCUGUUCUCGAUCUUCAGGCGGGCAUACUCGCCGUCCAAGUCCUGCACACACGCAACGAGGAGGGUCGUGUGUGUGGUGGAUGGAUAGGCCUGUGUGUGAGUAUUACUUGUCGGCUGACCGUUUUGGCGUUUCUGUUGUGCUCGGCCUCCUCGCGCGCCUUGUGCGCGGCCUGCUGCGCCUCCGACACCUGCUUGCUCAACUCGCCCAUCGCUCCUGAAGGCGACAACCACACAAACACAGCCAGCGGUGCGGCCAAUGGGAUCAGAGACAAAUUGUGAGACGUGGCCGUCUGUCUGCCCCCACGCACCUUCGAUGUGUUCCUUCUGCUCCAUAGCCGCAGCUUUCUCCUUCUCUAGGUUCUCUACCUUGCCCGUCAGGUCGGCCACCUGUCGCUCAGCGGCCUGCAGGCUCGCCUUGGUGUUGCUGUAGUCCUCCUGAGUUGCCGACAUGGCACCUGACACACACACAGAGAGAGAGAGAGAGCUUAUGGACGUGUCCGCCUGUGUGUGUCGUCGUCUGUCCGACUGACCUUCCAGCUGCUUGAGUUUGGUCUCGAGCUGCUCGAUCUGCGUGUCGCGGUUGCCCACGUCAGCCGUGAGGCGUUCGUUGGCGGCGCGGAGGGCGGCGUUCGCCUUGCCCUGCUCCUCGAUGGCCGCUGCCUGCUGUGUGAUCUUGGUCUGCAGGUCGUUGUUGAGACCCGCCAGCCGGGUGCACUCGCCUUGAACAACCUGUGUAAGGGCAGGCAGAACAACCACCCGACGGUGUGGCGUGUGUGACGUGAUGUGAAGAUCGCGUGGAGUGGGUGUGUGGGCGAGGCGUACCUGACGCGAUUUCUGAAGAGUCUCGUGCUCCUGCGCCAGCGAUCCAUACUUGCCUGCACGACCAAUGGACGGAUGAAGACAUAGACAGGCACCCAAUGAGCAGGCAGGCAUUAAACCCUCUUGUGUGUUGGCCUUUUCUUGCUCACCUUCCGCCUCAUGCAUCGCCUGCUGGUAUGCCGCCUGCUGCUGGCUCUUGUCCUGCGCCAGACCCUCGAGCUGGCCCUGCAACACCUGAAGCGCCUGCUCCACUGACGCCUUGUCCUUCUGCACCGACUCCAGCUGCUGCCGCACGGCUGACAGCGACACAGAAUCAAAGGAAGACACCAUGGGUCGAUGCAGCGCGUGCACUGUGUCGGCUGGUGUGUGCGGACCUUGCAGUGACUCUAUCGUCCUCUCGCCGUCCAGGGCUUCGAGCUGCCGGAUGCGCUUGGACAGAAACUGAAGCGCACAUGGAGAGAGCCAUACAGGUGCUUGCUGGGGGGAGAACUGCUGUUGUCCGACCUCGUUUUUCAUCUCCAGCUCCAGAUUCUCGUUGUUGAGUUGGGCGAACCGACGCUGAAGUGCCACACAACAGAGAGGAAACAAACGCAGCCAUGACGACUCCAAAGACACAGGAGACAGAUGCCCGCACCCUGAAGACGUCAUUCUGGUCCUGCAGGAACACAGACAGCAUAGAGGUCUCCGCCCGUGUGUCCCCCUGUGCUCGCCCCUGUGCCUCAGCGACGGACGUCUGCAUACCUUGAGCUCCUGGUUGGCACGCAGGACCUGGUCCAUGCUCUUUGUUGGCACCCGGAUCGACAUCGUGCUAAACCUAUGCCCUCACCGCUCAGCCUAAGGGUCGCUGCUUCUUUUUCUUCC